AUGCAGCUCCUACAACGGCUACCACCUGCAGCUCCCAAAGCAGCCAGGAGCAGAGCUCCAGGCGUAAUUGGCCAUAGUUGGCCGUGGCCAGCGACUGCCAGGUUCACCCGGCAGUACUCAGUGACCCCGGUCCCAGCUCUGUCUGAAUGCCUGGCGCCCAGUGUCGGGGCUACUCCACCUGCUGUCGCAGGCCCAGGCCCCCGCCAGCAGCUCUCCGUGUACCCAUCCAGACAUCUCUCUCCCACGAGGCCUAGGUAUCAUUCCUCGCCCUCAUCAUCAAGCCAGAAUGCACAUAGCCCUUCAAUGGAGCCAACGAUCCACAGCAUUUUCGAAAACAAAACCGGCUCGUGGCAGUAUAUCGUCGCCGACCCAUCAACAGGCACGGCCAUCAUCAUCGACGCAGUGCUAGACUAUGACCCUGCAACGCAAGAAAUCAGCACAUCAUCUGCCGAUAUGCUUCUCUCUCUGAUCCGGAAAGAGGGCUACAGCGUAUCCAUGAUUCUAGAGACCCACGCCCACGCUGACCACCUGACCGCCGCAUCGUAUCUCCAGGCUCGUCUGGCGCAAGAGCAGAGCGCAGACCAUAGACCAGCGAUUGCGAUAGGCGAGCAUAUCGGACAGGUGCAGCGGGUGUUUGGCGAGAAAUAUGGGAUCUCACCGGACGAGUAUCGAAAUGUCUUUGACAGGCUGUUGAGAGACAACGAGACCUUCGCCCUUGGGUCCCUAACGGUCACAGCGCUGCACCUCCCGGGGCAUACGCCGGACCAUAUGGGCUACCAGAUUGGAAACAACAUCUUCACCGGUGACACCCUCUUCCAUGUCGACCUUGGCACAGCACGCUGCGAUUUUCCCUUCGGCAGCGCAGAGAGUCUCUACAGAUCCGGACAGCGCCUUCUCUCCUUCCCCUCCCAUGUCAAGAUCUGGGCGGGCCACGACUACCCUCCUGGCGGGCCGGAAGGGCGCCCGCCGGUUCCAUAUACCAGCGUCGGCGAGCAUAAAGAGCGUAACAAACACCUGAAAGUGGGUGUCAGCGAGCAGGAGUUUGUGGCGAUGAGGAAGGGGCGCGAUGAAGGGUUGGCGCCGCCAAAGCUGCUUCACGCGGCGCUUCAGAUCAAUAUCCGCGCAGGCAGAAUGCCAGAUCUGACGAGUGAAGGCUUUCGGUUGAUCCAUCUUCCUCUGAAGUUGGAUAGAGUGAAAUGGCACAGUGGAGAAACGACCCAGUAG